AUGCUAGCUCAUCUAGCUACUAGUAGUCGUUGUGUUACUCUCAGUACAAUUCCUCGUGCUAAUACAUUAGCUGUUAUUCGUAAGGCCUCAUCAUCAGGUGGACAUAAGAAGAAUGAAGAUCCUGUAGCUGUUUCAACACCAACUGAUGAUCCUCAUCGUUCACCAAUGAGUCAACGACAAUUACCACCCGAUGAUGGCAAAGUCCGUUUUCCUAAUCCAUGGGAUGUUAUCCUUAACAAACGUCGUUUUGAAUAUGCUAUGAAAUUUAAAGGAUAUGAUGAUCCAUUCGAUAUGAUGCCAGUUAAACGUAUUGCGAACAGUACACCAGAAAAUCCAAACUUAUUACCAAGUUGCAACGAUAAACGACUAAUGGCUUGUAUCUGUAAUGAAGAUGUAUAUCACUUGAAAUGGAUGCAUCUUCAUCGUGGUGAACCAAAACGAUGUUAUUGUGGCCAUUGGUUUAAAUUAACUGAACGACAAUAUGUUGAUUUAAGUGACUUUGGUAUUACUGAAGAAAUGCAAAAACCAGCCGCUCAUUGA